AUGUUGAUCGAGUACUCCAUCAACGGACUCCAGCUGAGCAGCCAGCAGCUUUGGGUCAGUACUGAAGCUGGUAGCUCUCAUGUGGACAAAGAAGCAGUGAAGGAAGCCCAGGAAGAGCUGGCUGCUGCCCCUGAGGCGGAGCUGCUGGUGAAGAGUGAAGAUGAAUCGUUGGCUCCAGAAGACCUGGUUCCUGCUUCCAGAAACGCUCGUUCUAACUCCUGUCCCUAUGGCUGGUCAAGCUACAACUCUCGCUGCUUUAAGUUCAUCCACUCAGCCAUGUCCUGGUACAACGCUGAGAGCUACUGCUACAACCUGGGAGGUCACCUGGCCUCGGUCAGCAACCCCCGAGAGUACAGCUUCCUGCAGAGAUUGACUCAGGGGGCCGGUCAGAGCGUUGCCUGGCUGGGAGGAUUCUACCUGCAGAAUCGGUGGAUCUGGAUUGACGGUACUGGACUCUACUACACCAACUGGUACGCUCCUUCAACUGCCAGCAGCUACCCCUGCAUGGUGUUACGCAACUUGUAUGGCUGGGGGAACACCAACUGUGGCACAGCUUACCGCUUCAUCUGCUCCAUUAACCCAUCCAACUGCUAG